CUUCCCCCCUUCUCUCUUCUCACUUUCUCACUGUAACCCACGUGACCUCCGUACUCUUCCACAAACACAAGUCUUAAUCAUCCCUUUCAUUCAAACAAACACUUUAGGUUGUUCUUCCCUCGAACAUUUUUCUAAAAUCCCCAAACUUGGAGGUUUUGUUACAUCCGAAUCUGCUUUUCUUCCGUGUGAAGGAGAAUGGGUGUGAUUUCACGAAAGUUAUUCCCAGCAUGUGUAAACAUGUGUGUCUGCUGUCCUGCUCUCAGAUCACGUUCUAGGCAACCUGUGAAGAGAUACAAGAAACUACUUGCAGAAAUCUUCCCCAAAUCACCUGAUGGCUCUCCAAACGAGAGGAAAAUUGCAAAAUUGUGUGAAUAUGCUGCUAAAAACCCUUUUCGUAUCCCUAAAAUUGCAAAAUAUCUUGAAGAAAGAUGCUACAAGGAGUUGCGAUUAGAUCAUGUUCAUCUGGUUAAUGUUAUAACAGAGGUGUAUAGUAAGUUGAUUUGCAUGUGCAAAGAACAAAUGGCAUAUUUUGCUGUCAACCUGCUGAAUGUUUCUAUUGAACUUUUGGAUGAUUCUAAACGAGAUUCAGUUCAGAUAACUGGAUGCCAAACCCUAACUCGAUUUAUAUAUAGUCAGGUGGAUGGAACUUACACAUAUAAUCUUGAACAUUUAGUUCAAAAAGUUUGUAUGUUAGCUCGUAAACCUGAGGAAGAAGAUGAAAAAAAGGGAUUGAGAGCAGCAAGCUUGCAAUGCCUUUCAGCCAUGAUUUGGUUUAUGACAGAGUUCUCACAUAUAUUUGGUGAUUUUGAUGAGAUUGUACAUGCGGCUUUAGGUAACUAUGAGCCAAAUACAAACAAUGAACAAGAUGAUGAUGGAGAGGAAGCGCAUCAUAAUUGGGUGAAUGAAGUGGUUAGAUGUGAAGGAAGGGGGAUUCCUAUCGACACUGAUUCUAGCUACACUUCUCUCAAACCACGUCCUGAAAAGAAAGAUCCUUCCCUUUUAACUAGAGAUGAGGCGGAGACACCUAAAGUAUGGGCUCAAAUUUGCAUUCAAAGAAUGGUGGAACUUGCUAAAGAAAGUACAACAAUGCGUAGAAUAUUGGAUCCGAUGUUUGUAUAUUUUGAUACUAACAGACACUGGGUCCCUCCACGUGGGUUAGGGUUGAUUGUUCUAUCUGAUAUGGCCUACUUUGUAGAGAGCCCAGAAAACAAGCAGUUGAUAUUGGCUUCGAUUGUUCACCAUUUGGAUCACAAAAACAUUUCACAUGAUCCAGAAUUGAAAUCAUACGUUAUCCAGACUACUUCUGCUUUGGUUCGCCAAGUUAGGUCUGAAGUUGCACUCAAAGAUAUUGGAUAUGUCACUGAUCUCUGCAGACAUUUGAGGAAAAGUCUUCAAGCAACUGUUGAAUCUGUUGGUGAACAUGAGUUUAACUUGAAUGCGUUACUUCAAUCAUCCAUAGAAGAUUGUUUAUUCGAAAUUGGCAAAGGGAUUCCUGAUGCACGCCAACUGUUCGAUGUAAUGUCAACAACACUUGAGAAGCUAGCACCUAGUAGUAAUGUUGCUAGGGCAACUACUGGAUCAAUGAUCAUUCUUGCACACAUGAUUGUUGUUGCAUCUGUUUCCUCAAAUUCACAACAGGUGUUCCCUGAGGAUCUUCUUCUUCAACUUUUGAAACUAAUGUUGCAUCCAGAUGUUGAAAUACGAUUGAGUGGACACCAAAUCUUUUCUGUUCUUCUCAUUCCAAAUUCUAACCAUUUGAGGCGUGAUACUGAUGCUUCUACUUCUAAUCAAACAAGAAGAUGGAGUUCUGAUACUGCAUCUGUGUUUGCCUCUGUUACAUCUUUACUCGAUAAGCUUCGUGGAGAAAAAAAUGGAAAAGAAAUUGUUUGUAUUCAAGAUGGGGAUAACAACAACACUGAGGCUGAAAGAAAGCAUCCUGGGUGGGCCCACAAGAAAUCCCCAAACUUUCAGAAAUUAUCUUCCAUCACUGCUGGUGAAAUCACACUGUCUGAUGCAGAGUCAUCUGUUAUGAAGUUUAGUGAGGAUCAAAUAACUCAAUUAUUGUCUGCUUUUUGGAUUCAAGCCAAUCUUCCUGAUAACACUCUUGAAAAUAUCGAAGCUUUAGCUUAUUCUUUCUGCUUAACACUUAUUUCUUUGCGACUUAAGAAUCCCAAUGACAAUCUUGUGGUUAGGAUCUUCCAACUUCCUUUGUCACUUUGGAAGAUAUCAUUUGAUCAUGGUAAUGGAAUAUUGUGUCCAGCUCACCAAAGAUCACUUGUUACAUUAUCAACAGCAAUGCUGAUGUUUGCAGCCAAGAUGUAUCAAAUUCCAGAUGUUGCUGAUGUACUCAAGCCAAUGCUUAAAUCUGAUGUUGAUAACUACUUGGGUAUCAGUGAUGAUUUUCAAGUUUUUAUAAAGCCUCAAGCAGAUAUAAAAAGUUAUUGUUCAGAACAUGAUAAUCAAGUGGCUGCUGCUCUUCUUUCUGAUUUGCAAAUCAAGAUGUUUAAAUCUAAUGAGAUGAUUGUCGAUAUUUUAGUCCAUAAAUUAUCCAGCAUAACCGAGAUGGAAGCAGAAGAAGUACGUAUUCAGUUGUUGGAAACUUUCAUGCCGGAUGAUGCCAUAUUUGGUCAAGAAUCAAUGCUUCAUUUAGAUCACUCACAUAGAGUCGCACAUUCAAAAGAAUCCCUUUCUUUUGACACGCAGGAUUUUCCCACAAAUUCGUUGGUUGAAGAUGAUGCAAGCAGUGAAUCAUCUGUUUCAGAUCUGUCUCGCUUCAUAUCCAAAUCUCCUACACCAAGCUCCAUGUCUCAUGUCAUUAGCAUCCGACAGCUUCUUGAAUCAGCACUAGAAGCAGCUGGACAAGUGGCUGGAGCAUCUGUGUCAACCUCUCCCCUACCGUUCAGCACCAUGGCUGGGCAGUGUGAAGCCCUAGGCACAGAUUCAAGGAAAAAGCUCUCCACUUGGCUCUCUCAUGCAAACACUGAUGCAACAAAACCUUCACCCAUGCCUAUCAAGAUUUUGGGUGAAGAUGAGCCACUUUGUAGAGGAAUGAAUGGACUGAGGCUACCUCCUGCUAGCCCAUUUGAUAACUUUUUAAAAGCAGCUAGAUAUGGUUAGAUCUCUUGUUAAUACCUGUUUCUACUAACUCAUGUCGAUCAAAUGUAUGAAUUAAACUUGAGGAUUUGUUUGUAUGUAAUCGUGUUGAGUAUUGUUUGAUGUCGUUAAGGUUGUGAUGCACAUGUAAUGUUAGCUAACUUGGGCUCAUAUGAGGUUUGACUCUGAAUAUGUGAUCCUUUUUUCCUUCCUUCA